AUGAAAGGUUUGAUUCUUGUCGGUGGUUACGGUACUCGUCUUAGACCUCUUACCCUUACUGUCCCAAAGCCUUUGGUCGAAUUCGGUAACCGUCCAAUGAUCCUCCAUCAAAUCGAGGCUCUUGCUAACGCUGGUGUCACCGAUAUCGUCCUCGCCGUUAACUACAGACCAGAAGUCAUGGUCUCCACCCUUCAAAAAUACGAAAAAGAAUACGGUGUCAAGAUCACCUUCUCUGUCGAAACCGAACCUUUGGGUACUGCUGGUCCAUUGAAGUUGGCCCAAGAAAUUUUGUGCAAGGACAAGUCUCCUUUCUUUGUCUUGAACUCCGACGUCAUUUGUGACUACCCAUUCCACGACCUCAUCAAGUUCCACGAAUCCCACGGUGGUAUGGGUACCAUCGUUGCUACCAAGGUUGAUGAACCUUCCAAAUACGGUGUUAUCGUUCAUGACAGAAACACUCCAAACUUGAUUGACCGUUUCGUUGAAAAGCCAGUCGAGUUUGUCGGUAACAGAAUUAAUGCUGGUCUUUACAUUAUGAACCCAGAAGUGAUCGACAUGAUUGAUUUGAAGCCAACCUCUAUUGAAAAGGAAAUCUUCCCACAAUUGGUUGAAAAAUCCCAAUUAUACUCCUUUGACCUCGAAGGUUUCUGGAUGGACGUUGGUCAACCAAAGGAUUUCCUUUCCGGUACCUGCUUGUACCUUACCUCUUUGACCAAGAAGGGCUCCAAGUUGUUGACUUCCCCAGAAGAAGAAUUCGUUCAAGGUGGUAACGUCAUGAUCGACCCAACCGCCAAGAUUGGUAAGGGUUGUAAGAUUGGUCCAAACGUCACCAUCGGUCCAAACGUCGUCGUUGGUGAUGGUGUCAGAAUCCAACGUUCUGUCAUCCUUGCUAACUCUAUUGUCAAGGACCACGCCUGGGUCAAGAGCACCAUUGUCGGCUGGAACUCCGAAGUUGGUAAGUGGGCUCGUCUUGAAGGUUGCACUGUUUUGGGUGAUGACGUCAAGGUCAAGGACGAAAUCUACGUCAACGGUGGUAAGGUCUUGCCUCACAAAACUAUUUCUGCUAAUGUUGAACAUGAAGCUAUUAUUAUGUGA